CGUGUUCCCGUUUGACGUGUGCAAUUCAGGCAAGUCACCUUGCUGUUCACAUUAGCAGCCGUAUAUCAGCGGAGCGCCAGAAGCGAAGGUGUCCUCCAGAAACCCAAACCAGCACUGCAGCCAUGGCAGCCGCAGCGGACACGGCCAAACCCAGGCCCAAAACCUCGCCCAAAUCUAUUAAGUUCCUCUUCGGUGGCUUGGCUGGGAUGGGCGCCACUGUGUUUGUGCAGCCCCUGGACCUGGUGAAGAACCGAAUGCAGUUGAGUGGUCAGGGCUCAAAGGCUCGAGAAUACAAGACCAGCUUCCAUGCUGUGGCCAGCAUCCUUCGCAACGAGGGCGUCCGCGGUAUCUACACUGGGCUUUCUGCGGGUCUGUUGAGGCAGGCUACCUAUACCACGACCCGUUUGGGCAUCUACACGAUCCUGUUUGAGCGCAUGUCCAAAGCAGACGGCACACCUCCUAACUUCUUAAUGAAGGCUUUAAUAGGAAUGACUGCUGGGGCCACAGGGGCGUUUGUUGGGACUCCAGCUGAGGUGGCGCUUAUUCGAAUGACAGCUGAUGGGAGGUUGCCUGCAGAUCAAAGAAGGGGUUACACAAAUGUCUUUAAUGCCCUCAUCAGAAUUACAAGGGAGGAGGGAGUGACAACACUCUGGAGGGGUUGCAUACCCACCAUGGCUAGAGCAGUUGUUGUGAACGCAGCCCAACUUGCUUCAUAUUCCCAGUCCAAACAAGCACUGUUGGACUCUGGAUAUUUCAGAGAUGAUAUCCUGUGUCAUUUCUGUGCCAGUAUGAUCAGUGGACUAGUCACCACUGCUGCCUCCAUGCCAGUAGACAUUGUUAAGACCAGAAUCCAGAACAUGAGAAUGAUUGAUGGGAAGCCAGAGUACAAAAAUGGUUUGGAUGUGUUGGUAACGGUUAUAAGGAAGGAAGGAUUCUUCAGUCUGUGGAAGGGUUUUACUCCUUAUUACGCUCGUCUCGGGCCACACACAGUUCUCACCUUCAUCUUCCUGGAGCAGAUGAACAAAUUCUACAAGAUCUAUUUCCUUGACUCCUAGAUUUGUCCUGAAGGUCAUCGGUGGACCGCACAGGCCAUAAUUCCACAUUGUGUUUCUCUCCCACAUCCUAUACCAGAAUAGUUUCCCUUUUUGAUGAUUGGUAACAGAGCCACUUUACCAACUGGUUUGCAACCCUUUGCUGUGGUGGUGACUGUGAAGACCAUUUUGACUCUCAUAUUACAAAGACUGACUAGCUUAACUAUAAACUGAUUUGAAUGAAGGGAUUGUUCACACCAGUCAUAUCCCUCUUUUAGUUUUAAAUUAUAUUUAUGUAACCCACCCACCCACCCGCCCCCACCUUCCACACAAGCAUGUCCCCUUUAAGGUCAACAGCUGUACUGACCUGUCAACAGAAGUAGUUGUGAGGAAUCUACGUCAGUGCAGAUAUAAUUCUAAUUCUUGGUCAAAAUACCUAUGAUCCCAAUCCACCCUAUGUCCAAACAUAAAGGACUACGUUGUAGUGAACAUUUGGUGGUGUUUGCCAACGUUGAGCACGGUUAACUGGAAAGUGUAGAAUAUAAUGUAUAAAUAUAAUGUGGUGUGUAAAGGCCACUACCGCACCCUAUAGCUCCUUGUGAUGUAUUAAAUUAUAUAAUAAGGUAUUUGAGAAUUCAUUUUCCGGAGGAGCUACAAAACUAGACUCAACUUGAAAUCUUCCUAGUAUGUAAGGCAUAGUUUUGUUUUGAAUGAAGAGUCGAAUCAAACAAACAGCCCAGCUCUUUAAAAAUCAUGCUACUGUAACUUUCAUCAAGUAAAGAAUUAAAAUACUGA